AAUGUAUUCGAUUAUUGUACAAAGGUAUAACCAAUUUUUUUUUAAUUAAACAUAUUAAAGUGAUUUUAACUUUAAGAAUAAAAUAAGAACUUAUUUUUAUAACAAAAACUUAAAAUGAACUUUUAUGUAAUUCUAUUUAGUUUAUUAGGCUGUUUUAGUUAUGCAUUCGGCAAUGGAAGUAGAAAGGAGGUAAAUUCGAGGCAAGUCUUGAGUUCAUUUUGUAAAAUAUCUAAAACAGAUCCAACUAAACUGGAAGAUUACAAUGAUCCAACUUUGUAUAAUUUUGAAGAAUUAAAAAAACAAUUUGGAGAAAUAUUGGCCAAUUUUUACACUAGUUCAAGAAUUUGUUUUGAAAAGUUUAAAAAUGAAGAUGGUACAGUUAGUGUAGAAAACGUAAAUCUAUGCUUAGUAGCUGCUGGUAUCCCAGAAAGUCAUGUACAUAUUAUAACAAAAGGUUUACAAGGAAACUUGAUAUACGAAAACAUAUUAUUGACAAUCCUAAGUACAAAUCUAUUAAGAAAAUUUGAGAAUAAUAUAGAAGACUAAAUUUUAGUUUACUUACACAAGAAUUUUCAAUAAUAUUCUAUAUUUUUUUAUCAAAUAAAAUAUUAUUCUUGUUAAAAAAUAUUAUUUGAUUAAGAAGUUCUUUAAAAAUAAAUACUAGAAAAAAACUGUUAAUAUAUAAAUCCCUGAAUUAUUUUCAAAGCACAAU